UUUCGAAAAUAAUUAGCACAAAAGAUUAAGCCUGUACAAGUUAGAGAAGCAGAAUAAAAAGAUGAAGUAAAGUUGAGAGAAAAAGAAAAAAAGUAAAAGAAAUAACAUAAAGAGAGGGGAAGAAACAGAAGUUUGCUAAUCCGAUUUUAAUUUUUGUGGGAGGUUUUUUGUGGUUAAGUGGGUUAUUUUAAGCUUUUUGGGGGGAUUUUGGGGGUUCGAGUCUUUUUUAUUUGUAUUUUACUCUUAAUAAAAAAAUUUUUUUUGAAAUUUUAGAAACAUUAACUAUUUUCUUUAAUUUAAUCGCUAUAAAUAAAAAUGAAUGAACAUGGUAAACAAAUUAGACUUCCAAAGAAGGCGGAGAAAGUUAAAAAUAAGACACCAGCUCCAGUUCAAAUCACUGCUGAACAGCUUCUUCGGGAGGCUAAGGAACGCGAAUUAGAGACAGUCCCUCCACCGCCCAAAGUUCGAAUUACUGACCCGGAAGAAUUAGCAGAAUAUCACAGAAAGAAGAGAAAAGAAUUUGAAGAUAAUAUUCGAAAAAAUAAAAUGCAGCUAGCUAAUUGGAUUAAAUAUGCAAAAUGGGAAGAAUCGGUUGGUGAAUUACAACGGUCAAGAUCUAUUUUUGAAAGAGGGUUGGAUAUAGACCACAGAAAUAUUACUGUUUGGUUACAAUAUGCGGAAAUGGAAAUGAGGAAUAAACAAAUUAACCAUGCUCGUAAUAUUUGGGAUCGUGCUGUUUCUAUCCUUCCACGAGCAACUCAAUUUUGGUUAAAAUUUACUUAUAUGGAAGAACUUGUUGGUAACGUUCCUGGUGCUAGACAGGUUUUUGAACGUUGGAUGGAAUGGGAACCUGAUGAGCAGGCUUGGAAUACUUUUAUUAAUUUUGAAAUGCGUUAUAAAGAGAUUGAUAGAGCGAGGAGUAUUUAUCAGAGAUUUUUACACGUUCACGGCCAUGAUUUCCGUAAUUGGGUUCGUUAUGCACGUUUUGAGGAACGAAAUGGUUCUAUCGACAAUGCCCGCGCUGUUUUUGAGCAAAUGCUUGAAUUUUUUGGAGAAGAUGGAAUGAAUGAACAAAUGCUUGUUGCUUUUGCACAUUUUGAAGAACGGCAAAAAGAAUUUGAACGUGCUCGGAUAAUUUAUCAAUAUGGCCUAGAUCAUAUACCAAAAGAAAAAAGUGUUGAACUCUUCAAAUCUUUAACUGUUCAUGAAAAAAAGUUUGGAGAACGUUUACGUAUUGAAAGUGUUAUUUUAUCUAAACGAAAAGUUCAAUAUGAAGAGCAAAUAAAAGAAAAUCCUUUCCAUUACGAUGUUUGGUUUGACUAUACACGUCUUUUAAUUAGUGAAGGACAAGAACGAGCGGAGGUUGAAGAUUGUUUUGAAAGGGCUAUUGCUAAUGUUCCUCCAUAUAUGGAAAAACGUUAUUGGCGUCGUUAUAUCUGGUUAUGGGUUUAUUAUGCAAUAUAUGAAGAAUUGGAUGCAAACGAUCCUGAACGUUGUAGAGAGGUUUGGACUGCUUGUUUAGAUAUAAUUCCUCAUCGUCAAUUUACUUUUGCAUUUAUUUGGUUAAUGUUUGCACAAUUUGAAUUACGUCAACUUAAUUUAACUGGGGCACGUAAAAUUCUUGGUGUUGCAAUUGGGAAAUGUCCAAAGAAAAAAUUAUUUCGUGAAUACAUUGAAAUUGAGCUUAAAUUGAGGGAAUUUGAUAGAUGCCGUAAAUUAUACGAACAAUUUUUAAAAUUUGUUCCCGAUGAUAGUAUGACAUGGAUGAAAUAUGCAGAAUUAGAAAAUUUAUUGGGAGAUGAUGCUAGAGCUAGAGCAAUAUUUCAAAUUGCUGUACAACAGCCAAUGUUGGAUAUGCCUGAGGUUUUGUGGAAAGCUUAUAUUGACUUUGAAAUUGAACAAGGGGAAAAUGAAAGGGUUAGAAUUUUGUAUGAAAGUUUGUUGAGGCGUACACAACAUAUAAAGGUUUGGAUAAGUUGGCUAGAAUGGGAAACAUCAAAUGAAGAAUUCGAUAAAGCUAGAGCUUUGUAUAAACGUGCAAAUCAAGCAUUGGAAGGAUCACCAGCUGAAGAACGUCUUUUACUUUUGGAACAAUGGAAACAAUUUGAACAACAACACGGAACUGAAGAAGAACAAAAAUUUGUUGAAAAAAUGAUACCAAAACGUGUAAAGAAGAGAAGACAAAUAAUUGCUGUGGAUGGGACAGAUGCUGGAUGGGAAGAAUAUUUUGAUUAUAUAUUCCCUCAAGAUCAAGCCUCAAAAAUCAAUUUCAAAUUACUCGAAGCUGCCCGUGCUUGGCGAGAGAAGCAAGCAUUGGCUAUGCAACCUGAGCCACACGAAAGAGAGGACGAGGAAAUGGAAGAAUCUUAA